AAAUGGGGAUGGGAAGGGGAGUGGAGAAUUGGAAACGGAGGAGAGGUAAUUGCAGCAGUUGACCAACCCUUCAAUUUCUAGCCAAAUCCCAUCCUUACCAACAACUUUUCAUCUCUAACAGCAGCCCUAUGAUGGAAGAAACCGGUCACCAUUUUCUCCUCUUUACAGAACGCAAGAGAAGGAGAAAGAGGAGCCACAACUGCUCUCAACGAUCCAGCAAUUUCUUGUGAGAAUUUCACCCACUCUUAGUGAUUUUGGUCUAUUUGAGGCUGCAACAACCACUCCUAAACUCCCUUACUGUUUCAAUUAGAGUUGAUUUCAUCCUUUUCAACCAAACAGCAAAAUAGAAACAGGAAAUAGAAGAGCUGUUGUUGCUGUCCCUCUUGGAUUUUGGCAUUUUCAUUGCCGUUAGAACCAACCAGCAACAUCCCUGGCCUCCUUCAACUGUUACUGAAUCCUCCCGUUACCCCAUUCAAAGCUAGCAGUUGAAUAAAAGGGUAGUUGAUUGAGAUUUCCUCCCUUGAUUAAGUUUUUAGUCCAACCAAGACCAAUAAUCAAACCCACUUCAUCUCCUAGUCCCAACAAGUUCUAACUUGAAAUUGGUUAAGCUGAAAUUGUGUUAUCUAAGUAUGAAAGAAGGUAAAGGGAGAGGGAAAUAUUGGUACAUGAGUGACAUAGGGUGGUAGCAAGAAGGCAGCAUGUGAUGGCCAUCCCAAGUUCUUCUGUUCUUCUGUUUUCAGUAUUCGUCGGCUGCAAUUGGUGUUGGGAAAUCCUACUCCAGAUGUAGGUUCUAGGGGCAUCUUUGUUGGUUAGAUCGUUCCCCUUCAAUUUAUCUUUGUCUCCAAUACCAGGGCCACUAUAAACAUCACGUCACCGAUCUCUCUUUACAUUGGCAACAUCUAUGAUUAUCUUUUCAUCAAAAGCCGUCAACAUUCGGCCUCUUGUUUCUUGUGCUAAAGCUACAAUUACAGAUAAAACAGGCCACUAUAAACAUCACGUCACCGAUCUCUCUUUACAUUGGCAACAUCUAUGAUUAUCUUUUCAUCAAAAGCCGUCAACAUUCGGCCUCUUGUUUCUUGUGCUAGAGCUACAAUUACAGAUAAAACAGUUGAUUCAUUUCUACAAUUGGUCGAUGAGUGCAAGUUGCAGGCUGUUAAAAACCAACUGGACCAUCCAAGAAAAGUUUAUGGAUCUAAAGAAGAUAAUGAGGAUGCUCUAAAUUCACUUUCAGCCAUAGAAAUAACAGAAAGUCAAUCAAAAGAAUCAUUUGCUACCAUGAUAGCAAAGUUUAUGGGAACAUCAUCAAAUCAAGAUUCUGCCAUAAGAGAAGAGUUGCUUAAAGAUUUUGUACCAGAUGAUGUAUGCCCACUGGGAGUUGAUUUAUUCAUGGAGAUGCCAGGGGAAAAGUCUGAGCCAGUAUCAGAAGACAAAUAUUCUGAGAAGACCGAGCCCCCACUAUUCACAAUAGAUGAGAGUCCUGUACCUAGUACAUCUGAAGGUCAGAAAGAUCCUGGCGAUCAGCUGGCAUUCGAAUCUACUCCGCUUCUGAGUGUUGGUGAACUUUUAAAUGCAGUUUCUGAAACAACACAUCGAGUUGGAAGAUUUUCUGUCUCGACCCCACCUGACUUGCCUUACAUGGAAAUGGCUGGGCAUUGUGAGGCCCUUUCGGUGGUGGGAAAGCAGAAAAAGAUGUCUGCUUUAAUGAAUUCUCAACAAAGUUUGAUUAGAAUAUCUGCUGAUGAACAUAACCAAGCAAUGCCAAUGCUGACCUGUGAACAUAACCAAGCAAUGCAGAUGUCAUCCAAUUUUCACUUUCAGCAGGUUUUCUUUAUAUGUGUGGAAACCCAUUCCUUGACCAAAAUUUUGGUCCUGGUUCACUCAAUCCAUCUACUCCUGCUGCUCUAGUGCUUUGUGCAACUGAGUAUCAGCAUCUUCAGCACUUUAAGUUACCAGCUUAUAGUCCUUAUGAUAACUUCCUAAAGGCUGCUGGUUGUUGAUGCUGCAAGGACAAGAGCAGCUCUCAUGAGGUUCAAACUGUUUAUCAGAGUUAGGAACUCUGAGUGGUACGCUGAGGGUAACAAAGGCUUUAGUGCUCCUUGUUGCCACUGUUUUUUGGAAUCUUAGCAUAAGGAAAUCAACUACUGAUGGAUCAGCAAUUCAGCAUUGCCAUUUCGUUUUGAUAUCAGUUAGGAGUGAAGCUCAAAUUCUAUGGAGGAGUAAAGAAUGAAGCUCUGGUAGCACAUUGGAGACAGAAAUUUGGAGUUCUUUUCCUGCUGUGUUGAAAUCUUAGCAUACAGGUACUAGCAACUAUUGAUGGAUCAGUGAUAUUAUGUUGGUUUUCGCCAUUGAUUAAGGGGUUGUCAGUUUGAACAUCUGAUAGACUGAUACCUUCAUUCAUUUAUCUUCCUUCUUUGAAGGGGAGGGCUUUGUCCUUUCCCUUCUUUUCUGCCCUUUGAUUAACUUGCGUAUGUAAUGAAAUUUUUGAGUGCUCAUUGGCAUUGUUCUCCUCUGGAUGCUCCAAGGAGCUUGUAUAGUAACAUAUUUUUGGUAGAAAUGAAGUUUGUAGAGUUUGGAUUUUCUGUAA